AUGUAUCCCUCUCCUGUGGUUGAACAACAUAGUGGUAAGGAUGACGAUUCCUCCAGUUCUGAAAAGGACUUGGCUGCUGAAGGGUUGCGCUCUCUAGGGCAGACCAUGUAUGAAAAAGGGAAAUCUGUGGCUUCUAACACUACUAAUGCUUCCCACUCUGAGAAGCAUGAUGAUGCAAAUAUUGUGAUUGAUCUAGAGGAUGCUAGCUCUGAUGAUCAAGAGGAAAGCUUGAUUCACCACAUAAAUCCAAGUCUGGCUAAAAGCAUGAGGACUCGCAAAGGAAAAUCUGUGGCUGAACUUAUGUCAGCCAGAAAAGCCAAGAAGACUGCUGGUAUUGGUCCCUCCAAAUCAUGGAGCAAGAAAACUACUAAGUCUCCUGUUAAAGUUCCUGCUGUUCAUUUGGAUAACAUCUCCUUUCAUCUUGAGGAUGAAGCUGCUAAGUGGAAAUUUGUCAUUCAGAGAAAGGUAGCUGUGGAAAGGGAAUUGGGAAAAGAUGCUGCUGAUGUCAAGGAGGUCAUGGACCUGAUAAAAGCUGUUGGGCUUUUGAAGACUAUUGUUGGGUUCUCUCAAUGUUAUGAAGGUUUAGUUAAGGAAUUUAUUGUGAACAUUCCCGAGGAUAUUUAUGAUAAUAACAGCAAGGAGUUCUGUAAGGUGUAUGUGAGGGGCAUAAAAAAUGAGGGUGAAGAAGAAUUAGAAGUUACAAACAAUCAGGUCUGUAGGGAGAUUACAGUUAGGCAGGUGAAAGUUUGGCCUGUUAAAAAGCAUCUUCCUGUUGGGAAGUUGACUGAUGCAACUACUAAUGCAGUUAAGCUACCAAUUGCUUUUCCCUCUAUGAUAUGUGGAAUCAUCUUGAACCAAUAUCCUGGUAUUCUAUGCUCAAAUGAUUUACCUAGUAGAAGAAAACCAGCUCUGUCUGUGCACGACAAACUAUUUGAAGGCAGUCAUGUCGAGGAUAUUGUCAUGACAUCUGCCAUGAAAAGGCCAUCCUCAAAAGUUGGAGCAAUUGCUGAGCUUAAGGAGACAUGCAAAGAGGUAGGUGAAGGGAUAAGGGUAGCCACAACUAGAAAACAAUCUUUGGAAGCCUUGAUUGCAAGCUUGGAGCAUGCUGAGAAUGAAAAUGUUGAAUAUGCUAAUGUCAGCCAUGAAGAAGAAGCUGAAGCCCACACCUCUAGUGAGAGGUCUGCUAACAAUGAUGAUGCAAGUGGCAAUUCUGCUUCUGGUGCUGAUGAAGAGGCUGCAAACUCAAGCUCUACUGAGUAG